GUGUCUGGCGACGUUCCGGGCAUGCCCAAACAGCCUUGGAGGUAAACAAUAACCCGGCGGCGGCGGAGAGGCGGCGGCACCGCGGGGAUGGCGGCCCAGAGUCUGUUCUCGCUGCGGGUCAGCGUGCACUCGGACCAGGGUGGCAGGAAAUACAUGGAGGACGUGACCCAGGUGGUGAUCGAGCCCGAACCCGAGCCCGGGGAAGCCGAGAGCGGCGAGGAGGAAGACGGCGGGGUGCAGGGCCCGCGACACCGGCGCCGGCCCGGAGUAGCCUUUUUCGCCGUGUUUGACGGUCACGGCGGGCGGGAAGCGGCGUUGUUUGCUCGCGACAACCUCUGGAAGUGCAUCAAAAAGCAGCGCGGCUUCUUGUCCGAGGAUCCCGAGGAGUUCCGUGCCGCCAUCCGCAAGGGGUUCAUCGCCUGUCACUACGCUAUGUGGAAGAAGCUCCCUGACUGGCCAAAGACCCUGACUGGUCUGCCCAGCACUUCAGGCACCACUGCCAGCGUUGUCAUCAUCUGUCGGGACAAGAUGUACGUAGCACACGUGGGUGACUCUGGUGUAGUGCUGGGGGCACAGGACAGCCCAGCCCUGGGUCAGGGCCAGAGUGAGGGCACCGUCCAGGCCCUGGAGGUGACACAGGAUCACAAGCCUGAACUUCCCAAGGAGAAGGAGAGGAUCGAGGGACUUGGCGGCAGUGUCAUUAACAAGUCAGGAGUGAACCGUGUGGUGUGGAAGCGGCCUCGACUCACCCACAACGGCCCCGUGCGGAGGAGCACCGUUAUUGACCAGAUACCUUUCCUCGCAGUGGCCCGGGCGCUGGGGGAUCUAUGGAGUUACGACUUCUACAGUGGUGAGUUUGUGGUCUCUCCAGAACCGGACACAAGUGUUCACACCAUCAACUGUCGGGACCACAGGUACAUUAUACUCGGCUCUGACGGGCUGUGGAACAUGAUCCCCGCUCAGGAUGCUGUCACCAUAUGCCAUGACAACGAGGACAGGAAACGAUUACUGGAGGAGGCCGGACCAGCAAGUGCCAGGCUCCUGGUGAACCGGGCACUGGGCCGGUGGCGACAGCGUAUGCUGAGGGCCGACAACACCAGUGCCGUGGUGAUCUGCAUCGAGCCGCCUGCGCACGACUGCCGGCCCCUCGGCCCUGAAGAGCUGCGGCUCGAGCUGCACAGUGGACCCCCCCACCGCACCAAGGAGAGCAGGCCGCGGACGCCAUCGCCGUGCGUCUCCUCCCCACUGAAGGCCACUGGCCAGUUGUCACCGCCCUGGUUCUGCGCUGGUUUUGUCCCUGUGCUGGCGAGGAGAGAGAGCCGGUGUGGCGGGGCGAGCCCGUCCCCUGUGGUCGCCGCGACAAUCGAGAAUCGGGGGAGGGAGCCGAUACCGGGCUGGAGCCCUCAAGCCGGUGGCGGAGGGCUGAAGCGGACACUCGAGGAGCUGAAUGGGACGGCGCCCGGCUCGGCCAAGAGACUGAAGGGAAGGGGUGGCCGAGGGUCGGUGGGGGGUGCGGCCCCCACCCCUACCCCUCCCCGCCGACGCCAUUCGGAGAAACCGGCAACCCGCAGGAGCCUGAGGGGUCAGCGCCGCCUGAGGAACGCACUUCUGCCCCAGCACAGGAAGACCAUUUGUGUGUGCUGACGGUUGGAGGGAGGGACAGGGGUCAGUGGGGGGAAAGAAAGGUAAAUAAUUAUUUUAAAGUCUGUACAGAAAAUCAAAAUCAAGAUGAUCCACGAGAGUGCUGAGGCUUUGUACUGUUGGUUUGUGAAGGGGCAAGACUCCUGCUAGAACUUUGUCUCCCACCUCCGCCACUUCCCCCAUCCCUCCCCUCCUGCCCCCUUCGUUCAAGCAUCAUCCUCCCCUCCUCGCUUUACCUCGGCUUCCCUGUCACUCGCCUUCCCAUUGUCAGCUCAGUCUCCUCACUCUUCCCUGCCUCCCUCCAGCUCUCCCUUGUACCUCUACACUCCCACACUCUCGCAUUCUCACCUACCUGCUGCCCUCUCCCUCAUCUCCUUCCUGCCCUCCCUUCCCUUACGAUGUUUAGGAAUUGCCUUUAUUUGGCCGCCCUCUCUGUUCCUUGUCGUCUCGAGGCUGCCCGGCUGUCGCCUCUGCUUCCCUCGCUUGGUUCAGCUCGGAGUUGGAAACGGUUCCUAUACUAGCUCAGCUGAUGGGAGAUCAGCUCCUUCCACCAUUCCACCCACAUACCAGGCAGGUGGGCAGGCAAUGCCUCCUGCAGACAUCGAAUCAAAGCUCCUGGGCCCAGCUACCCCUCUGUGUUAGGAACCGCACCUGCCACUUGACUGUGACCAUUUGCUGAAUUUCGUAAGACAGUGUGGGAUGGGUUGUGGGGAGUUGCCCUCCCGUCAACUGUUAGCCCUCAUCUCACUUCCCCUCUCCCAUCUGAUCCUGAACCACAGCUUUUCAUUUGAUGAAUAAUCUGUUUUAACCCCUUUCUGCUUUACUCCUGUUAUAAAAUAACAGAAAUUUUUGCAGGAAGCCAGUCAUCUUUGCACAGCAAAUUAAAUUGCCAUUGGGUCUGGGGGUAUUAGGACUCACAAUAAGGGGAGUCAUUACAUACCCCUGCCUUCCUUUGUGAGGCUUAUUGGCUGGGACUGCCUUUAACCAGUUUGAGAUUUCUCUGGUGUGCCAUUCACUGAGUUCGUCUUUUCAGGUAGCAGUUCCAAUACGGCCCUGUUUUGGUUUGGUUAAGGUGUGUGUCUCUUUGUGUUUGUGACAGUGUGAGAGGAGAAUGAUAUGCGUGUAUGCGCGUGCAUGUGCGUUUGCCUGUGUACAUGAAUGUGUGCUACAUACUUGAGAGGUGUGUAUGUGUCUGCGUAUAUUUGUGUGUGUGUGCACGUCUGCGUGCUCCCAUGUCUGUGCAUGCAUCCUGUCAGAAAAUGCCCAGGCACCUUGUGUGUGACUCUUCCACACGUAUGGCACAGGAGCUGUCUGCCACGACUGCUAUGCAGCCUGGCUGUGGGACCGCUGCCCCUUACUGUCUGACCAAUCGCUGGCCAACCUGCGCCGGAGGGUGGUGGGAGUGAGCGUACCCGGUGCUGGUACUCUCCAACCGGCUGGGCCGCUGAGCCCUCCUCCUCACUUGCCGCAGGCCUCCUGGGGUGACCAAACGAUCAUGUUUCUGUGUGACCCGACUGAACCAUCUCCUGUCCCUAAUCCAGAGCUUAUCUUCCUAAUGAAGGUGCGGUGACUAAGAGGAAAUGAAUCUUCUGGGGUCCCUUUUUGUGCCACUUGCUGGAUCCUCCUUUAUCACUGAGGGAGUUUUACCCCCAACUCCUUACACUGAUGGUGCUGCUACAUUUACAGAGGGGAGUUUUACUAAUUUUGUAUUAAUAUAUAUAUGUGUAUAGAUAUAUAUAUAUUUGAAAGCUCUGUUUCCAAGUAUUAGUCUCUCAUUAUUCUACUGUUUGCUAAAUAAAAUAAUGCCUCUCUUA